UCCUUCAUAGCAAACAACAUCAAUUGUAGCUACUCUCUUCUCAUUUUUCCCCUACAUUUCCAUUACACUAACCAGGGACCAUGUUGUUUGCUUGUGCUAUUAUUGCUCUCAUUGUUGUGCUUUUCAGCCACUGGGUAUACAGGUGGAGAAACCCCAAGUGUAACGGGGUAUUACCGCCAGGCUCGAUGGGAUUACCAAUUAUAGGAGAAACAAUUGAGUACUUCACCCCUUAUGCAUCGGAUGAUGUUCCACCAUUCGUACAAAGAAGAGCGGCUAGGUACGGACCAAUUUUUCGCACGAGUAUAGUUGGGCAGCCAGUCGUUGUAUCAACUGAUGCUGACUUCAACUUCCGCGUCUUCCAGCAAGAAGGUAAUGCUUUCCAAAUUUGGUAUACUGAGAGUCUCUUCCAGAUAAUUGGGAAACAAAGUGUACUUGCCCAUCAUGGAGGCUUCCACAAGUACCUCAAGAGCUUAACGUUCAAGCUUGUUAGCCCCGAAGCCUUAAGAGAGAAGCUAAUAUAUGAAAUGGAUGCCAGCACUCAAGAAUCUCUAAGUUCUUGGAGUAAACUUGGAAAAUUAGAUGCUAAAGAUGGAACAUCAGAGUUGGUAUUUAAAUAUGCUGCCAAGAAGAUGCUUGGCUAUGAAGAAAGCAAGGAUCAGCAAAAAUUGAGAGACAGUUAUAAGGCAUUCAUGGAUGGCUUGAUCUCAUUUCCUCUCAACAUCCCUGGAACACCGUUCCAUGCUUGCUUACAAGGACGUAAGAAAGCAAUGAAGGUCAUCAAGGACAUCUUUGAGAGGAAGCGCUCGGGCAAUGACACUUCGAAAGACUUUGUGGACCAUUUACUUGAGCAAAUAAAGAAAGAAGACACUUUUUUGAACGAAGAAAUUGCGAGGGACCUGGUAUUUUUGUUUCUAUUUGCUGCCCAUGAAACGACUUCAACAGCUUUGACUGUGGCCUUGAGGUAUCUAGAUGGCCAUCCACGUGUUAUGGCUGAACUAAAGAGAGAGCAUGAAAAUAUUCUUAAAAUGCGAGAAACGGAAGGUUCUGCUGUUUCUUGGAAAGAGUACAAGUCUAUGACUUUCACACACAUGGUUAUAAAUGAAACACUUAGGCUUGCAAAUAUUACUCCUGGGAUUUUGCGCAAAGUUGUCAAGGAAGUUGAAGUAAAAGGGUAUACAAUUCCUGCUGGCUGGACGGUAAUGGUUUGUCCAUCAUGUGUUCAUUUGGAUCCUAAUGUAUAUGCAAACCCCCAUGAAUUUAACCCAUGGCGAUGGGAGGGCAAAGAAUUACACAUGGGAUCAAAAAAUUUCAUGGCAUUUGCUGGUGGUACGAGGCUUUGCGUUGGUGCUGACUAUGCAAAGGUGCAGAUGUCAAUUUUUCUGCAUUACUUGGUCACAAAAUACACCUGGAGAGUUACCAACGGAGCAGAGAGAAUCCGGACACCUACUGGUAUUCGUUACCCCAAGGGAUUGCACAUGGAGAUUUCAGAGAACAAAUAGAUUUUAAGCUGGGCGCGUACGAAUAAAGCCUGUACUUUCAGAAGCGUAUUUAUGAUGCAGUAAUUUACCGUCAUAUUGUAAUUUACCUUACUUUGCAAUAUUGUAAGUGCCUAAUAAACAACAUUUUACGUGGUGUCUUUCUUGACACUAUUGUAAUUGUUGAAGAUGUUAUAAUAGUUGCAGUUUGAGCUUCGACUAAUUGUUUUUCUUCACCAAAAUCGAUGCAAUGAUCUUAUUUAUGAGGACAAAUCAAGCCAAGAAACAAUACAUGUAUAUGUAUGCA